AUGAAGCCUAUCUUAGCAAUUGUAAGCGGAAGCACAGCUUUGUUUACAGCCUAUUUUUUAAAUGGAAAUUAACCAUUUUUUGAAGCAAAAUCAAGCCUUAAAUGUCCAGUUUUGAGAGAUGCUUAGUCUUUGAAGAAUUCACUGACUAAUCCAUAAUGA